GAGCACCGCUCCCAUCUCCGAAACUCUUGAGCUGUGCUGAUCUCCUUUGCCCAGCUUGUGUGAACUUCACGGAUCCGGAUGGAAAGCAGGAUUUAGGCAUCCGUCCCGGCAUCAACCCAUUGUUAAGUCUGGAGGAAUACUAUUUACAAAGCUUCACAGUCGAAAAGAAAGCGCUCUUGGAAAGUUUUGCUUCUUGUUCGACCUGUUUGGCUGCUUAAUGUGAGGAAAGCUAGUUACACCAGAGGCCAUUGGAUUCUUGUCCGCAGUUGGCGUCUUCAUUGUCCUCUUCGCAGUCCUCUUCCUCUUCAUCAACAAGAAGUUAUGUUUCGAGAAGAUAGGGGGGCUCCCCUGCUUGGAGCAACGAGGGAGGCGAAAGCACUACAAGGAGAGGUCUAGGGUUCACGAGGGCCUUGCUCACAGGAUUAUAAGUGGCACGAUGGCAAAACUGAACAACUGAUCGUCCGAUACUGGUCAUAGUGCUUAAACAUGGCUUCUCAGGCUGCCCAGAGUUUCCUGCAGCCCCUCUCCUCUUGGAUGUCCCGGGUGUAUGAAGCUGUUCAGCAAGCAGGAGACUCUUUAUCUGCCUCCUUGGUCAACCUGAGCAAAGUGGACCACAAGUCGGAAGACUACGGGGAUCGAGACUUGGAGGAGAGCGAUGGAAUUUAUGAGGAUUACUCUGAGAGCUCGGAUGAUGAAAGAAGUUUGAGUCACGGCAGGGAGGGUGCGGAGUGGGCUGAAGACCUGCAGCCUGGUCACAGUCACUUCCCAUUAGCAAGUGACAGCCCUGAUGCGCAGGCACCGCUCUGCAGCUCUGAUGAGGAUCUGGGAUGGUCCAAAAGAGCGAGAAGUAGCACUAACUUCCCAGAGGACAGCAGCUCUCUUGCGUCGGAUAGGUAUGAGGACCAACAGAUGAUAAACGGGCUUCCUACCAUCCCUGAAGAAGAUGACCAGCACCACAAGAAAACGAGGGGCCGCCAGCACAAUCGUGACAUGGGUGGCUCGUUAGAAAAUAUGAACGGGAUGGCAAGCGCGACAGUAAACAGUUAUGGGGAGGAUGAAGAGUUAACCACAUCCUCGGACAGCGACGACGAGGUGAUCAAGCAGUUUGAGAUCUCGGUGUCGCGCUCGCAGAGUUUUCGAUCGUCAGUGUCUGAAAAAGGAAUCCAGGCAGGGGCCGAACGUAAGCCACGAUUCAACCGCUUGCUGUCGAACCACGAGGAGUACAGCACUGAGGCCUCCGAAUGCGAAGAUCUGGAUGGGCUAAGCCAACUGAGUUACCAAGACAACCUCUCCUAUCAUGAAGAUGACCACGUAUCUGUUGAUUCAAGGACUGCAUCCGAGAGUAGGGGUACCGGUCAGCACAAAGAGCCUGGCAUGGAGGCCAGCAUUGCCAAUAGCCUCAGCCGGCAAGCCACCGAAGGGAGCCUGGAGAUGGAGACGGCCUUUAGCAAUCAGGGAUAUGAAGGAAAUGACGCCACUGACAGCUCAUCCGCUUGGAGCCCGGAGGAACAUGAUGGAACACACAAUCUUCCAGCUCAUCACAGCACCCGUGAGCCCAUUUCUAAAUGCGGUGACCUAGACAUCACCUUUGAGUAUAAGGCCUCAAGCCAGAAGUUGGUGGUGACUAUCCUAGAGGCAAAGGAUAUCCCAGACAAGGACCGUAGUGGUGUGAACACGUGGCAAGUUCACACUGUUCUGAUGCCCAGCAAGAAACAAAGGGCGAAGACGAGUGUGCAGAGAGGACCCACUCCUGUGUUCAAGGAGAAGAUGACCUUCAGCAAGGUGGAGCCAGAAGAGCUGAGUAACUACGCGCUCCGGUUCCGUCUCUACGCUGUGCACAAAAUGAUCAGGGAGAAGAUGAUGGGGGAGCAGUUGUUUUACUUGAGCAACCUCAACCAGGAGGGGGAAAUGAAGGUGACGCUGGUGCUUGAGCCCCGGAGCAACCUGAGUAGCGGAGACUCGCAGCUUAGUCUGUCCGCCAUCUCCCACAGCGAUAGUGCUUCUUCAACACAGUCCCUGUCACACGGAGGGGUGCCAGAGCUGCUGGUGGGGUUGUCAUACAAUGCCACGACUGGACGGUUGUCAGUAGAGAUGAUCAAAGGCAGCCAUUUCCGAAACCUCGCUGUUAACAGGCCGCCCGAUACCUAUGGGAAGCUCUGCCUUCUCAACUCCAUGGGCCAGGAGAUGUCUCGGUGCAAGACCUCCAUCCGUCGUGGACAGCCAAACCCCGUCUACAAGGAGACGUUCGUCUUCCAGGUCGCCCUUUUUCAGCUUUCUGAUGUCACGCUGAUGAUUUCCAUAUACAACAGACGCAGCAUGAAGCGCAAGGAGAUGAUUGGCUGGAUUUCUAUGGGUCAGAACAGCAGUGGAGAAGAAGAGCAAAACCAUUGGCAGGAAAUGAAGGAGACAAAGGGGCAGCAGGUCUGUAGGUGGCACACCCUACUGGAGUCCUAGCGGUCCCUGGUGCGACUCUGAGCUCCCAGGACUGUGCGCUGGUCUUCUCACCCCCACCCAGGCAGUGUCACCCAGCUGAAAGCAGUCAUCCCAUUGCAAAUGUCAAAAACCAUCCGGUCAUAUUUCACCUAGUUUUUUAACAGUCACGGUGAAUGUAGGUGGCUGCAGCCUGGUCAGCAGAUUUAUCCAUUGCCUUUUAAGGGGUUUCAUAUAUAUUUUCUCACCCAAGUAAAUAGCCAACAGGGAAGAAGUUAGGGGGGGAAAAAACAACCAACUCUUUCUACCCUCUUGCUAUCCCUGUCUUAGUCCUAGAAAUAAACAUUUGAUACCACGUGUGACUGAAUAAUGUAUUUUCAGGUAGCAUGGGAAAGCACUAGAGAGUUCUCUGUCGACUUCUAAGUGCCUAGAGAUUGCCGUUACUCAGCUGGGUUAGCAUGGGUACUGUUGACUAGACUAAGUGCUAUUUGAAGUAAGCAUGUCUCCCUUCUUGUGCAAUUUUUAUUGUGUAUCGCUGAGUGUUUGCAUGUGUGUUGAUUUAAGAUAGCGUUGUACAAUGCAUGCAUAGAGGCUUCCUGGUUUCCCCAGCUUGUGGCUUCUAUCAUUGUGAAUAACAAAAUUAAGGAGACCAGAACAAGCAUGCCCACCAUGGUGCCUCGGUCACUAUUUCUUUAAAUGGGAGGCUCACUUGGAAAGGUGACUCUGGAAAUGCAGCCCAGGGAAGCUUCAUGGGUCUUGUUUCUCAAGGGCUCCAGCAAAUAUGCUUCAGGUGCAAAACGCUUUUUCUAGCUGUUGGCCCUGUAAAAUCUUCUGGUGGAUUUGCGAGUCAUGCCGAAUUCCUUUCCUACUUUGGCAUCACUAGAAGUAAAGGAGUCUGCAAGCCACCCUGUGAUAUCACUUACACAGGAGCCCACCCCUUUCCAGCAAUGUUGUUGAUAAUGCACAGGAAGGACUAGAACCAGCUGACUGUGUUAGGGCAGUGCUACACUGUAAGGUUUUGGUAGUGGGGUAGAAAAAAAUGACAUCACCUAACCCAUGCCCUCAAAGUUGCCCCCUCCCAUCCCAAUCAGGCUGCAGCUCUGCUAACAGAAGAAGCCUUCUGUUGCUUGGAGAGAUGGCGUUGCUAAUCCCUUCAUCCGUAUCCUGAGUCUCCAGGACAGAGCCCUACUGCCAUAGCUCUCUUGGCAAAGCUGUAGUGGUAAUAGCCCCACAACGCAGACCAGAUCUCUGCAGGGAUAAUAGGAACGAAAGGCAUUAUAUUGCCCAGUGGUGACUGAAUGCACACACAGAGCAGAUCGCCUGGUUCAAGGGGCCCAUUUAUGUGCCUGCAUUUCAAAGCAGCACUUACAUGUUCAUUAUCACCUUUUUCAUCCCGUUUCCAAAGUGAAUUCAGGCCCAGUGAGACAAUAGUUCAGGAAAGAAACCUCAUUUUGCUCCUGGGCAGUUGGCAAUUUAGCACUUCUGGCUGUUGCAGAGCAAUGUGAGUAGCGAUGCAGUUUAUAGCCCUAUCCAGUGAUUAUACUGGCUCUCCCAGAUCAAGAGAAAUGCUGUCUUUAGUAGCGGUUUCAGCUGAUGCCUAUGGCCACAUCUCUAGCCUGAAGUUUUCAGCUGGAGCAGAUUGGUAUUGCACUGCUCCUGUCAUCUUGAGUGAGGCACAAAAAGUACUUCACUGCGAGGGCCUCUCAGGUUGGAUUCAUCCACGUGCUUUGGUUUGCUUUUCCCAUGUAGUGAGCAGCUGGGCCAAAGUCCAGUCUCAGUGGUACCACUGCAGUGCCAGGAAGAAGCACACACAUCUCAUCUGUACUCCACUUCUAGCACAGGCCUCAACCCUGAGCCGCAUCCGAUCAGCCCAUCCUGGGAAGCAGUGACAGCAACAAGGAGGGGUGGCUGGUGGGUCAGUCCAGUAGAUAGGACCACCCCAGCCACACAGCCUUUCUUCUAGCUUUCUUCUUAAAGCAAUGGCUCUAUUGCAUCUUGCUUAGUGGAAAUAUGCUCUGCUGUUUCAUUAAAAUGGCAGAAGGGCUAUUGGGCACCUCUAGAGCAGCACAAAUGGAAAAGCUGCAAGAGUUUGAAAACAAAAGUGCUAUGAAAAAUAUUUGGUGCAGCACAAGAAAACCGAGCAUGGAAAAGAAGACAUGAUCAAAAGCUUGUGGACCUCCACAAGAGAGAAGGCGUGCGAGGCAGGCCUUGGAAGCUGAGGUGGAGGGUAUCGGACCUAGAAAUAGAACAAGGCAAUGAUGGGAAAAUAAUGUAAAAAAUGAUCCAGAAGGGAUAGGCACAGAUGCAACAAGGUGGAAGGAGAGUGUGCAAGAUAGGAGGAAGGGGCAGUUAAGGCAGUAACAGACCUCGAGGCCUCUGAGACCAGAGAGAGCAGCACAAAGUUGCCAUGGCAGGAUGUGGCCCAUAUAAUCCAGCAAACAAAUUCAUCUUUGGCUGCAGUGUUAGCGCUGCUCAAUCACAGGCUGAAAAUAAAAUGGAGCUCAGUUGAGCAGUUAAGUGGUAAAUCUAGCAAUCUAGGGCUUGUUACCCCUACAGUGUGCUUCACAUCAGGACAAAAGCACCGUGAUCUGUCCUGCUCGACCGGUGUCGUCAUUAUUGCAGUUAUGCGUUGUAAUCUUUGCAUCACUCCUUUUUCUGAGCCGCACCAACUGUAUAUGUGAGUGCACGAGGUGGUUUUGUUACGUGGGCUGUGCAUACACAAUAAACUUACAGGAGUUCAUUUAAUAACCCAUUGUUCAUAUCAGAUGCCACAUGCAACUAAUAUAAAGCUAAAAUAAUUACAUAUUGUUCAGAAGUUGCAGAAACUAGCUGGAGGUACCCCAGAUGUAUAAUAACAUAUGUUUUUACACUUCAUCCUUGUUCAAUCUUGGUACAGAUCCUUUUCAAGAGGAAUUAAGUUAAGCGGUUUUGGACUUCCACAGUGUUUCACAUCAAGAUCUAUUUUGAAGAUUAUAGACAGGGAAAUCAUUUUAAAAUACAUUUACACUGUCGCAAGUAGUUGGUCACAGUACAGCGGGAAUAAGUAAUUAAAUCAAUUCAGACCAUAUUAAUUCUUAAUGCUUUGCGUGGAUAUUUGGCAUUAAAAGGCAUUGGUGGUUGUAUCAAUUGUUACAGCAGUGAUUUGUCCUGGUUCUUACCAAGGAAAAUUGCUCAGGGAGGUGGAAUUAUUGAAACCUGUUAAUCAAUGCACGGAGUCCAGAGCAACAUGUUCUUGUUGUGCAUCGAGUUCCUGAUGAAGUAUGGAGGGACUGAGUAAUGUUGAGACAAGCUUACCUUUCUGAGUGCUUAUACUUAUAGGUUUAUGUUCAUUUUUCUCUUGCUGCAAUUAAUGAUGCACCUCUCUAAUAUAUUUUUUUUCUUUUCACUCCUGAUGAUAGGGGAUUUUUUUUGGCAGCUACAUUUUGCCACUUGCCUGCAUAUUCCUCAACCUAUAUGUCUCUUUGCAUAGAUAUCUUGGAUCUGGUUACAUCAAUAAAUUGUGCCCAUAAUCCCCUUCUGCAUUCUGUAGAGGUGACUGCAGUGUCAGUCGUUUUUCUGAGCUCACUUUUCUCUGCCAAUGACACUGGAGAAGGUAAAAAGAAAUUAGUCUUCAGAGACGCUUCCGUUCCUUGACGGGCCUCAUAGUAUUCUGCUGUCCAUCAAAUACUCAACUCUAUGAUCGCGGCGACCUCAACGCAUAUAUUUGGCUGGACCUGAUAAUCUUCCGAGGUCUGGACCCAAGAUCAUCGGGUGUGGGCUGGACCUGAUGAUCUUCCGAGGUCCCUUCCUGCCUUACAAUCUACUAUCUAUGAAUUUCCAUGUUCUGCUAACUCUGGAGGAUCCUGCUGUCCGAGAGAGGAGAAAGAAAUACUGAACACUAAUCCCACAGCCCUUAAGGUCAGGAGAAGAGGCUUGGAUAGAGUAGUUGAAGAUGCAGUGCGUGCAACUAAUGGCAAACAGAGCUUGAGCUGCCAUGCCAUGAGAUCUCAGAGAUUUUCAACUUCCCAUUUAUGCUCAUGUUUUUGGAUAAUUAUUCUCCCUUUGCCACCCUUGACCAGGAUUUCCUUUCAUCUCCUUUGGAUUUUUCCUUCCCUUUAUAACAUUUAUUAAGUUCUUGUUAGGGAAGUUGCUACUGGUACUGAUUUACCCAAACGUGUUGUGGACAGCUGUUCUGUAACCAUCGCCGUGUGCCUGCCAGCGCGCCUCUGACAACUGCUGUCUGUUCCUUUCGGGGGGGACCGGAGACCAUCUCUCCUGGUAGUCUGUCUGGUGGUUUUUUACAUGCAUCAACAAGCAAGAUCAUCUCACCAAAUGUUAUUUUCUUCUCUCGCAAUACUGAAUUCAUCUGAGAGUCCAACAGAGGACUCGACUCUGUUGAUGUAUCGGGCUAUGGAGCUGCCUGUUUACAAAGGCUUUAUCUGAACUGUUUUCUGCCAAUGAAAAGAAAAAAAUCUAAACCAAUGUCCUGAUUACAUUGAGUGACUUUUGCCCUCACAUUGGCCUUCCAUAGGGGUGGGGUUCUCUUUUGUUUCUAUAGACAGCUGAAUGCUACAUGCUUCCCCCAUGGGCGAUUGGGGUUUGGUUUAUAGAGUCAUGGGUGCGCAUACAAUACUCCAAUGUGUUUUUGUCUGCUGCAGAGCCAUGCAGCAGCUGGGCACUUUAUGCGAUGGGCCGAUGCUCUGGCAUGAAUGUCUUUGGACAGUCUUGAACUGCAACCGCUCUGCACUGCCAGCUGCUCACGGUUGUUUCCCAGCACACAGUCUCAGGUGUCCUCCUGAGGAGCGAGGGGUUAUCCACCAGUGGCAGCUUUCCUUGUCCUUCAGAUGAAGCCGGCAAUGACCUUGAAGACCGCCUGCAUGUUGAGCUUUCUUUUCAGCCCGAUGUGUAUCAUCAUCUUUAAUCCAUCUGAUUACUUCACUUCAGUACCUUUUUUUUUUUGGUGAUCAACCAUCUCCUGUCCACCAAUAUGCAGAUAUAUAGUACGAAGACUGAGGCAGGGGAGGGGAAGCAUUGCCCUCCAAUUUCUUUUGCCCUGGUACCAGGGCCUGGAAGAGAGAUGUUCCAGGGUAGGGGGUCCCCACCUUCUAUUUUGAACCAGGAAAUUAUCUGAGCCGGGAGGGGUGUCCCCCAAGCUUGGGGCCUGGCACCCCCACUUCCACCCAUUCCUCGACCCUGCCUGAUAUUACCUUUUCCUUGUCUCCUGGUUGGUGCCUUUCAAGAUUGUCCUCCUAAUUUAUAAGGCUCUGUCUGACUUAGGUUUUGUCAGCGCUGAAGUGAAGUUGUUGCCAGGAUGGUUCAGGAGUUCAUACGAGAGGCAAGACUGCUUGUGGGUGAUAUCUUUUAUUGGACCAACUGUAUUAGGUUUUGUCUACCUGCAGGCAUUGAACCCCUAGAACUGUGUUGGCUAGAACUGUGAUUUUUCUUAAACCAAAAUACUUGUCCUAGUACAGCCUGUGUGAGGAUACAGUUAUAAAAAGCCCUAAGCUGUCACAGCUUUUGGUAGGUAAUAGUUCUCAUAGUCUCAAGCACCUUUAAUGGUCAUUAUAUAUCCUAAAAGGGCAAGAGACCCUAAAGGAAAUACAAUUUACCAUGCAAAAGCACCUUUAUCCCCCUGAAAUGCACUGAGGAUGAUGCUUGCAGCCCAUCCGAGGGACAUGCAGGCAGGGACCAAAUCAGGCGUCCACAGACUGCUUCAGUUUUGAAGCAGCCAAGUUUUCUCUGUUCUGUGUAUAGUACUGGAGGCAAAUAUUUGUCCAAGCCUCAGGCAGCUUCUCAAUGCCUGAGAGAUGCAACUCUCCUUUGGAGCGACGCAUCCUGUAAACCAAAAACAUCCUCCGAGUCUUAGAGCUGAGCUGGAAAAGAAGUACAAACUACUUCCAAAUAACCCUAGUUAUUCGCGGUUACUCGGAGUCUUUAGCAGGUGUAAUCAGCUGUUAGAUAAGACACUGCGAUGAAAAUAAACAGUGAGGAAAGGCUCUGAAGGAGAUGUAUACGUAUUUUGAGUGACUUUUUUAUUAAAAAGAGAGAGGCGCUUCACAGGAACACAAGGCCGUCUGCAUAGAACAAAUUACAAGCACAGAAUCCAAAGGAGAUCAUGUGGAUAAGAUUAUCAGUAGCAGCUACAAAUGGCAAAGGAUAUCAAUCCUCAUACUUUCAACUACAAGGUGCUUCUCAGACAGGAUCAGGAAGAUCACCCCACCCCAUCCCCGUGGAUGUAGCAAAAAAUUGCACUGUUGAACAGGGGUUGCACCUUGGCUAGAUAUCGGACAGUAGGGCAGAUAGGACAAAGGACCAGAUAUUCAUCUCUUCUGGCAUGACCACCUCCCUCUUCCUAGUCCAAAAUCAUUCACAGAAAAGAUAGAGGAGCCCCUAAACAUACUCUUCUUGUGUUACCGCCACCCAGAUGCCCUUUCAUACAGGAUCUGUGCUCAAAGCAUCAUCCAGCCUGGAGUGACAAGUGAUGCUUGACACAGAUAAAUCCCACCCCCAAAAUCAGAUCUUACUAAAACUAUCCACUUGUCUUCAAGUUUUUUCUUUAAAGGUCCAUGAGGUCAGGUCUCAGGAUCACGCCCUGCAUUGCAUGUCUGGAAUGACACAGGAUCAUGCCCUGCGUUGCAUGUCCAGAAUGACACAGGAUCAUGCCUUGCGUUGCAUGUCUGGAAUGACACAGCGCCCUCCCUAGAUGCAUCCCUGCCCACAGGAUGGUGGGAGCCCAGUUUUCAAACAUGGUUGCCUGAGUGAGGCUACCUGUUGCCCUACAUUGGUGCCCCAGCUGGCACUUAGGUGUCUACGAUGAGUACUGGGUGCCUAUGCAGUAGAAAACCCUAAGGAGGAAUGGAUCGUUCUGAUUUCUGUGGUCAUGAAAUCUGGGCCUAUCAGUUGCCUUUGCAAGGCAGCCAGCGAUGGGUAGCAAGGCUGUGGCUUUGGGUAAUUAGUAGGAUCCUGCAAUGGAAAGAUAUUUUAAUGAUCGCCCACCCUGGAUCCAGUGAAUGACAUAGUAGCUGAACUGUGAAUGGGCAGAAACCUUCGAAGAUCUGAGUUAGUGCCAGAGAGCUAGCUGCCAUUUGGGACUCACAGUGAUCAAUUCCAGCUUGCCCAUAUUCCUCUUUGGGAAGCUUGAAGACAAAGCCUUGGGUCUUUUUUUAAAAAUGCACAGAUUUUUGAAGAUUUUGGGGACCUGAGAAGUGAGUUGGAGCUACCAGCAAAACCUCAGAUACUGGGUCAUUCUGUCUCACCAGACUACCUCCACUGGUAGUAAGUACAUGUCAGACAGAAAGGCUACCCAAAAAGAACCCCUGACAACACCCUACCCUGCAUGGUCUGUGCUGAAAUUAUGGUGUACACAGGGAAGCGUUUCUAAGUAAGGAAGAACAUAAAGCCAUCUACUGAAAAUACUAGGUCCUGUGUUUUGCAUGGCUCUUUUUAAAGUCAGACCAGCUUUGUUCCCUGCUGAAACCAGGCCUGUAGCUGUUGAAUAAGAAGAGUGCACAUGUGGAAAGCCUGGAGGGCCUGUGAAGCCAUAUAAGAAGCAUGUGCCCUAAAUCACCAGUAGCUGCAAUAAGAUGUUAGCUGAAAUAUAUCUGAUGAUGCAUGGCAAGGUCAGGCACAAGGUCAUAACUUCAUUUGGGUGUCACCAGGGACGACCUCAGGUGCAAGCACCUGGGAGUAUCCAUAGUUUUUCACCAGUCGUGCAUGAGUAUCUUCAUCAAUAGCUAAUGGUUUGGAGCAGUAACUGGAAUGCAUUGCUCUUUGAGGCUCCACAUAGUCAGACCAAUGUGUCCUCUAAGACACCACUUUAGGGUGUGGACACACAGAACAUUUAUCCCAGGAUAAUUUACCUUGAAUUUUAUUCUGAAGUAGAAUGACAUCAAGGUGCUAGCAGUCAUGAAACAGCCCUCUGGAGGUAGUUGCAUGGGAGAGGUGCUAUGACAGGGCGUCUAGGAGGUAUAGGAGCCAGUCCUAGCCUGUUUGCAAAUAACUAUCCUGGGACAAAACAGCUUGGAGCUCCAGAGCCUCUAAAUGUACAGGGCCAAGUUAUUUCAGCUGUUUCCAGGGGCAGCUUUACCCUGGAAUUGAGUGGCUUACUUGGUAGGAAAGCUGGACAUCAGGUGCCCAACUUGGCUUUUCCUGUGGAGUGAAAUCAGGUCACUCCAGAGCAAAUGUGUCCUUUGUCUGCACCCAAAUUCAUUAGCAUCCAAGUUGUCCACUGCCUGCAUUGACUCAGUGUUUCAAGUAUUGGACAAUCCCUGGAGAAAAGCAAAGCCCAGCCAUGGAAGGGAACUUUCAUGUCCUCAGAUGAACACAUGGAAGAACUUUGCACGCAGCAUGGAGCGAAGAUAGUACAACAUCCUUUAAGUAAUCCAAACCCAUUCUUCCUGCAGAUUCAGCUGCCACCUUGUCCAUUCCUUCCUGUGCCCCAGCCAACAAAAUAAGUCCCAAACUCAAAUGAAGAUGUGCCAACAGCCAGAUACUUUUUCCUUUGUUUUUAUCAUAAAAUUCCAGUACUCACAAUUAAGAGAGGGAAAACCUCCUUCCUGCCACCAGCCAGAUACCAGCCCAAGCUGUCACUAGGCUUUUCCAGCCCCUGUUCCAAUGAGUCCUUAGGUCUCGCCCUUUCCAUCCUCACUUCACCCAUCUGCACUUGUUAGGAACUACAGAGAUCUGCUCCAAGUCAGGUCUGUACGUGAUAACAAUAUUUUCUGUGCAUGGUGCUCAGGAUAAAACCUGUUGCCUAAUCUCUUGCUGUCACUAUGUGGCGUCUCAAGCACAAACUUCGCAGUUGGGCACACACCACAUACUUCCCAUAACCCUCUGCUGUUGCUGUCAGGUCUUUUGUCUUACUGGGUCAAGCUGUCUGUUGGUGCUGUUGCAUUAACUUCAGUGUCACUACCCCAGCGGAGAACUUGACCUGUUCUUCAUCAUAAAGAGUAGAAUAAGCAAGCUUGUUCACUUUAGCAUUUUAAAUAUUUGAUUGCAUUUAUACCUUAUAAAUGUUUUACAGUCAAGUGCCCUAGGGCACAUGCAUGAAGCACAUUUAAAUGUAUAUCUGCCUGGUUGGUUUGAAUAUAUUGUACAUAACAAGCUAUUUCUAGUGCAUAUUGGACUCUUUCUACAUUGGAUCCAUAUAAUGUUCCUGGCAUAGGUUUUUACUGUCUUAUUGUUGCAUUGACAGCUGGACCCUGGAGAUGCACUGCCUUUAUAUAUAUGCUCCAAUCUUUCUCCUGUACAGUACAUAGCUCAUUCCAAGUCUUUCAGCAACACAUGCUAGGUACAGCGCUCCAUCUCCACCAGGUGUGUGUGUGAAUAUGAAUAGAUAGGGCUGGGUAAUAGGUCUGCUUGAUGGUGAUCUGGGUCACUUGGCCUUUAGGUCUACUUGAUGGUGAUCUGGGUCACUCCAAGAGAAACUGGGAUUGUUUGAACUUUUCCCUUACUUUACUUUCAUAUAAAUAAAGUGGAUCACAAAGCAGGUAGCAGUCCAAGGGGCAUUCCAAAUAAUUUGGAGCACAAGAGUCAGGGAACAAGUAAUAUCGCUUUUGGUGCUUCUGGCUUAUCAAGCACAUGCCUUAGCUAUGAAUUGGCUUCUUAAGGAAGUAACGAUAGGAAGAGAUGAACACAAAGCCAAAUUCAAACUUUGUUGCGAGUAAAAGUGCAUCUAGCAGAACAUUAAUUUAUCCCUUUGCUCUGUGCUCAGAGGAGCUCAGUUGCUAAAAAGAAAAAAGACAAAAAGACAAAUCAUUAUUACUCUGGGUAGAAUAUUGAACUCAGAUUCCCUUUUUUCAUUUUUGUAACAUUCAAGAUUGCAUAGACAAUUGUCCUUUCAGCCUAGUUAAAAAAUAACUGGUACGGGCUGGGAAGGCAACUGGAAUGACAUGGACAUCCAUCUACGUGCUUUGAAAGAGGGGUCUAAAGUGCAAAACUGUGGGGAAAAUGUGACUAAUGAGAAGGUUUCUGAACAUCUGUUUAUAGGGAAGAAUGAGUGAUACAGACUUACAUGUUGCUUUUCAAGUUUUUGAAGAAGAAACAUUUUUAUUCUCCUUGUGCAUGUUCCUACAAUAUAUUGCCUCUUGCUAAUUCUAUGCUAUGUUAGGAAUAUCUAUAUAUUGAUGGGAUCGCACUGGAAAAAGUGUUACCCCCAUCUCCUGCAAAAUGUCUUUACUGAACCCCCAUGUAUCUACAUCAGCAUUCAAAGCUGAGAAAUAGUCUGAUUUUACUACAGUGACUAAUGUUGCUACUGGUUUUUAUCAAUAAAGUCUAAGCAGAUAGCUCAUGUAGUCACGCAAAAGUGUAUUGCUUAUUUUUUCAUGUUGUGACAAUUAAUCAAUAUUCCUAGUGAAGUGAUGAUUUUUUAAUGCUUAUGGUUUAUUCAGAAUAGAGACUCAAUGCUUCAAAUCCAUGAGACAGACUGAGAUGCAUGGGACCUACUGAACCCCAUCCUCUUCCAGUUCAUCCAGUUUAUAAUUUAAAUCUAAAAACAACAUUAAGAAAGAAACAGGUCUGUAUCCAUGCAAACUGAUACCAGUAUACUGGCAUACCCAUGGAU